UUUUGUUGUCAGAGCUCUUUUGAUAUGAAACAGCCUGCUCUGCUAAGGGUUAAAAAUCUAGGCUGUUACCUGAGCUUAAUUUCAAACAUCAAAUUGACGUAACAGGACCAUUGUUCGAAAAGUGUUUAGUUUCUCUCAGUUUGGCUUCGUGGUCAUUUAAAAAAUAAAAUUUGUUUUCAUUGCGUUUGAGAAUUGUCGCCGUUUCAACAGCAAUUCGUGUUUCGUGUGAACCUUCUGAAGGUAGAUUUCGAAGUGUCCGUGGACCAAGUAACGAGCUGAAGUCUUGACGCAGUGCACAAAACUAGAGAACAAACACAUUUCAAUUCAACAUUGACGGAGGAGUUGGAACGCUCAAUAGAAAAUCAAUUGUGAGUUGAUGUGCGACGACAUUGAAUGAAAUGGAACAACAGAAAGAGCAAUUGGUUGAAGGAAGCAACAAAGAAAUUCAAGUAAUUUCGUCGGAUGACGAAGAGCAAGGAGCAUCUGAACAGACGUUACAGUCGGAAAAUUCAACAUCGCCACGAAACCCAGAAGUUUCAGUGUCGCCACCAGAUAUUUGUUACCCUUGGCACACACCAGUUGGUCGUCCUUUUGUAUCCGAAUCCGAGGAACUGCAAUACAAUCAACAAAAUCAUCCCGAGGUCUCAAAUGCUGCCGAUAUUGCUCUCGGAAAUCAUCAAAAGGAACAAGUGUUGCCACAUCCAAGUACAUCAGGUAUCGUGGACAUUGGCGAGCGAUCAGAUGAUGCAUCACAGGUGAAGGAACGCCAGGACAGUUCUAUUGACAGUGUGAAUAAAUCCAUUUCUCCUCGUAAACAAUCGACCACGUACAUCUGUUCAGAGUGCGACAAGCAAUACAGUAGCAAAUCUUAUCUGGCCAUACAUUCGCGGAUCCACACUGGCGAAAAGCCAUACAAGUGUGCGCAGUGUGCUUAUGCUACCACUAAUAAAACCAGUUUAUUAAGACAUGAAACCACUCAUUCUCCUGCAAGGCCAUUGAAAUGUUUGAUUUGUAGUGCUGCUUUCAAACAAAAAAGAGUUCUAGAUAGUCAUGAAAAGACGCAUCGUGAUGAUGAGCCGUUCAAAUGUUUGAUCUGUGGGGUUACUUCCAAAUAUAAACACAAUAUACGAUUUCAUCAAAGGACUCAACAUAAUAAGAAGCCGUUCGAAUGUUUGACCUGUAACACGGUUUUCCCAAGUAAAUACCAACUUUCCCUUCAUCAAGUGGAGCACACUGAUGCGCUCAAAUCUGCAAUGCCCCUAACAAACGUAAAGUCAUCAAAAGACUCAUAAUGGUAAGUGAAAAGGAAUAAAGUUUUGGGGGCGUUUCUGAACGAUGUGGACGCAGCAGAAGGUGCAAUUACAACGGAUGUAUUGCGAUUGAACAGUCUAUGGGAAUUUACUAAUAGGACGAAGCAUCUGUUACCAUGACACGCCUUCAACUAAUAUGUUAAGUUAAACUAAAUUUUUGGGCUGUUUGAAAUGCAAUUUUACUUAUUUGUGACACAUAAAAUUCAAUAAAAUUGUUUGUAACCAACUCUUACUAAACUAAU